AUGCCUUACAACAUUGCGAUGAUAAGCGACUUCUUCUUCCCCCAGCCUGGCGGAGUGGAAAGUCACAUAUACCAACUCUCGACGAAAUUGAUUGAUCGGGGACAUAAAGUGGUUAUCGUCACUCAUGCAUACAAGGGGCGAACCGGAGUACGAUACCUAACGAACGGCCUGAAGGUCUAUCAUGUCCCUUUUUUUGUCAUCUACCGAGAGUCCACAAUGCCGACGGUAUUCUCCUUCUUCCCCAUGUUCCGUAAUAUCGUCAUUCGAGAACGGAUAGAGAUCGUCCAUGCCCACCAAAGCCUGAGUAGCUUCUGCCACGAAGCAAUCCUCCAUGCAAGAACCAUGGGUCUGCGGACAGUUUUCACAGACCAUUCGCUGUAUGGAUUUGCAGACGCCGGCUCUAUACUGACGAACAAGCUCAUAAAGUUUACGUUGAGCGACGUUGACCAUGUGAUAUGUGUUAGCCAUACUUGCAAAGAGAACACGGUGCUUAGGGCCUCUUUAGACCCACUGAUGGUGUCGGUCAUUCCGAACGCGCUGGUGCCUGAAAACUUCCGGCCGUUGCGUUAUGCCGACCGUCGGGAUGAUCGAGGAGAACAGGUUCUGAGAUCCGCACCACGGCUCUUAGGUCCCGAUGACACGAUCACCAUCGUGGUUGUUUCCCGUCUCUUCUAUAAUAAAGGAACGGAUCUUUUGAUUGCAGCAAUUCCAAGAAUUCUCGAAGCGCAUCCUAACGUGCGCUUUAUCAUUGCGGGAAGCGGGCCGAAGGCAAUUGAUCUCGAGCAGAUGCUGGAACGGAACGUACUCCAGGAUAAGGUAGAAUUGCUGGGGCCUAUCCGCCACGAAGAGGUUCGGGAUGUGAUGAUUAGAGGCCAUAUAUACCUUCACCCCAGCCUGACUGAGGCUUUUGGUACCGUGAUAGUUGAAGCCGCGAGCUGUGGCUUAUAUGUCGUAUGCACGCGGGUUGGAGGAAUCCCGGAGGUCCUGCCCCAACACAUGACUACAUUUGCCAAACCUGAGGAAGACGACCUCGUGCAAGCCACAGGGAGAGCGAUAGCCGCCCUUCGGUCGAAUAAGGUGCGUACCGACAGAUUCCACGAUCAGGUCCGGAUGAUGUAUUCGUGGACGGAUGUGGCUCGGCGUACGGAACGUGUUUAUAACGGCAUAUGUGGUGCAAUCAGUGAAGAAGAGUUUUACGGUUACCUCCCCGGCGAGAGCUGGACAGGAGCCCGGGGCCGAGAACAUAGUUUCGCACUCAUUGAUCGUUUAAAACGAUAUUAUGGGUGUGGUAUCUGGGCUGGUAAACUCUUUUGCCUCUGUGUUGUUAUUGAUUUUCUCCUCUACGUCUUCCUUGAAUUUUGGAUGCCUCGCACCAGCAUCGAUAUCGCGCGGGAUUGGCCGAAGAAGGUUAAUCAUGAACAUGGGCGACAUCGGACAGGGCAAGCCCCCUUUAACAGUUCUAGCGUGCGUUCUCAGGAUUCUUGA